GCUCUCCGUCAUGUGAUCACCGACAGCACGUGAUAGUCAGUGAUGUCAGUGAUGUGGUGGAGCUGAGGGCUGUCUGUUUUUGCUUUUAUAGGAGGCGUUAUUUGCGUUUGUUUGUACUUUUUCUAACGUUUGAAGGAGGUCUGUUCGUCGCAGCUGUUCUGAGAAUGUGAGACCGUAUCAGACUGCGGGGAGAGGAGUCAGCCUGCUUUGGGUCCUUCAUCCGGCUGGGCAGCGUCAGAGGGAGAGGGAGAGUUUGGAGUUAAGAUCUGUGUGUUGUGCUGUUGAUGUUAUUUCCCUGUUACAAAUAUGUUAAGCAGGCCUGAAGCUCGAGUUCAGAAGUCUUUAGAAGUUGCACUUCUACCUGAAAAUGACGUGUGUAAAGAUGUUGAGAACAUCGUUAAAGCCAAAAUGGCUAAAGGCUGCUCUCUGCUCUGCUGCCUGAAUGUUGGUGGCCAGUUGUUAGUCAGUGAUGUUUCUGAGCGCGGCAGUCUGGUACAUACACUAGAGGACUCAUACACAGACUUUUUCUGGGAGGUGUUGACAGAGCGAAGUAACACUGAUACCAACCCCAGACUCCUGACUGUGGGACCAGAGGGUGAACUCAGACUGCAUGAGGUCGGUCAGGAAAGCCAGCUGUCUCAUCUGUCUGAAUACCCAACACACAGACUGCUGCAGCUUGUCAAGGAGAAGGACCCGAGUGCGAGUAAACUGACCUGUGCAAAGCUGCUGUUGUUUACCGAUGGCCGCUGUUUCCUUCUGCUGAACACGUGUGUGCUGGUACAGCUCCAGUACUUGGAGGGCUCUGCAGAGCCAGAGACUGUGUCUUCCUGUCUAAUCAACCUGCCACCUGAAAUUCGGGAAACAUGCACUGAUUACCAGCUCUGCAGAGGCACUUUGUUUGUGCUGACCAGCGCUGGACUUAUAUAUGUGUUUGAUAGUGUUGAGGGAAAGCACCUGGCCACAGUUGAUCUUCCUGUAUACUAUACAUCAGGACAGAGAGAGGUGGAGUUAGUGAUAUCCCUCUCCUCCUUCUGCCUUCUAAACAUAUCGCAGGACCUCAGCACGGCUGUGGCUGCUACCAGCAAAAACCAAGCGCUGGCACUCGACCUCAAUGACUACUUCAGGACUCAUCCAGAUCAGCUGCUGUGCCAGCAGUCUCCCAGUCUCCUUCCUCUCAUGCCCACAAAGCCCUGUGACCAGGACAGCAUCACCAGCUCAGCAUACAGUCAGUCUGUACUGGGCACUCACUUCCAAACUGACCACUCAUGGGAGGCAAAGUUGGUGCUGCUGUAUAAGCGAGCUAAAGCUCCAGAACCUCCAGCGCUCCGACUGCCCUGGUACAGAGACAUCCCCAACUCAGAGUGCCGUCAAAUGGCUGCCACCGCCAAGCUCAGUCAACCCUCCGUACCAGCAGGGGGUAUCCUGACGUCCUUCGUUGUACCUGAACAGACCACACCAGCCAUGCUGAAUGUCUCAGAAUUCUCAGCAGUGCUUACCUUCACCUCAGCUGGAAACAGCUGCACCACUCUGGCUCACUGGGAUCUGGAGAGUCAAAAUGUGACGUAUCACUGCGUAGAUGCCCCUGCUGCACCUGUUCAGCGGUCAGAGGAGGAACACCUCUCUCUGAUACUAAAAGCAUCAGGCUUGUCUCUGGUGCUCUUCGCGGUUUCUCAGGAGGAGCUGUUGAACAGAUUGAUGGUGUUUGGCAGUGCUGGCGUGGCAGACUCUCUCUGCCAUCUGAAUGCUUGGGGGCGCUGCUCUAUGCCCAUCCAUGCCCUGCAGGCAGGACUGAAGAAUCGGCAGCUGGACAUGGUGGAUUUCUUUUUGAAGAGCAAAGAAAAUAUUCUCUGUCCACCAACAGGCUACAGUAUGCAUGAACAGGCAGCUGCCAGCUCAACACAGAUGCAACUAAAGAAUGCCCAGGAUCUGUGUCCAGCGCUGGAUCUUCUUCACUCUGCUAUCAAAGACACAUACGCCGAGGCUCAGAGUCCACAAUUCUGUGAACAGCUGCUUAACAUCACCCUCAAUUUCCUCAAUACACAGAUCAGAGUCAUUCUCAGCAGCACGCCAGAGCUGGAUGUCAAUCUGCAGGAGUGUGUAAAGAUCUUGAAUGGUUAUAUCUCUGAACUGCGCACCUACAUGAGGAAGUACCCCUGGCUGGUAGGGGGUGAUCAGAUUCCUGCCCCUAAACCUUCACCCGAUAUGACCUUGGAGGAUGAGUGGGAAUCAAUGUCUGUAGAGGAGGUGGUGAAGUGUGCAGUUUUGUGCAGUGAGAUCCCGCGUGCACAGGCGUAUCUGCGCAGACGUAGUUGUCCAGAACAGAAGCUGGAGGAGCUGAGAACAACUGGCCUGAACCUGACCUUCUCCUGCCUCACACAAAGAGACCUGCAGCAGGCCACUGCACUGCUCACUAAUAUGGGUUUCAAUGUGAAAGAACAGCUUCACAAAAUCUGCAUGUACACAGCUGAUCGGGACCUCAGAGCAUUUAUGGUAGAAGAGUUGAAAAGGCAGAAUCACCUCUCCACUGAGGAGAUGGAGAAAGUAGAGUUCAUUAAACAGAUUGAGCAAUUUUGCUUAACACCAGCAACACGGUGUUUAAAUCCUUUGGACAAGAACAGAGUUCUUCAAAUAAGCCAAUCGGAAGCUGAGAGCAGAUGCCUGCUACAGGAGAUGCAUGGACCACUGCAUUCCUCCUUCCAGUCUCUGCUGGGCUCAGUGCGUUUGGACUGGGUCAGACACUGGGACAAUGACACACAGAGAACUGUGCUCCUCUCCAGACUUCCCAGGCCCUUGCUGGGCUCCUGUGACUCUGCUGUGCUGUGGUCAUACCUCACCUCCCUUCAUGACCAGACGCGUGUCACUGCAUGGCUCACAAGCAUGGCUACUCAGGACAGAGAGAACACUGCUGCCCCCCAGUGGCCUGCACUUACCGCUGCCAUUGUGAAUGGAAACACCCUCUGUAGUGACUACAUGAGAGACCAAAUCCUGGACAUGCUUGCCAGGCAGGAGGUCUUUGUGCAGUCAGAGAUGUCUGAUUUUGAGCAGUUGCUGUGGAGGGUGAGUCAGGCUGGAGGAGUGAUGCGGGCUAACAGUGUCCCUCCUGUCCCGCAGUUCCAUGUUUCCCAAGGCCAGGACUUCCAUACACGCUUUAUCCAGCACUGUCUUGAGAAUAGCCUACAUUACCUGCUCUAUACCUACCUGGAGCAUUACAGGUUGACACCCAGUAAUUGCCCUGCUAUUGGAGACAGAGGUUUGUAUGAGAGUUAUCCCUGGUUUGAGAUGAUGGUUAAACUACAGAGAAUUACAAGAGAUCUCACAGACCCAGAGCGAGUGUUCCAGGCUAGCCUGACAAGUGCACAGGUGCUGUUGCCGGGCAGCCAGGCUAGUGUUAGCAGUAUGCUGCUAGAGGGACAUAGCCUCCUUGCUCUCUCCACAAUAAUGUUUGGACCUGGGGGCAUCGAUCAGGUGGUGAGAGAGGGAGAUAAAAGUCAAGACAUCCUGUGCAGAGUGGACCCCCAGCUGCUGAGGAUGGCUCUGAGCGCAUACCCCAAACUCAAAGCUGCUCUUUUCCCCCACAGUGGCCCACGAGGCACCUCAGCUUGUGAUAUUUCCAUCUACCAACUCAUGCAGUCUUUGCACCCAUUGGAUCCCUCCAAACUGUUUGGGUGGCAGUCUGCCAACACCUUAGGCACCGCUGAAACGUCAACUGAGUUUCCCCAUUUCUCCAGCCCUCACCUGGUCAAUAAGUAUGCUCUCAUCGAGAACCUGGACUUCUUAUACUACCUGCAACAUGGCAGGCCUUCUUUUGCCUACGGAAUUUUCAUUAUUCACCAUCUGGCCAAUUCCAAGAAUGUGAAGCUGCAGAUCAGUCUGGCCGUGGAACAGGUGUACGCGCUGGGCCUUCUGAAUUUCAACUCUCCAUCUGUGGCUACAGCAUGUGUGUGUUUCUGUGAGUUGUUGGGUGUCUGCAGUCAGAAGCUGAGGGUGGACAUCAAAGCCCUCAAUCUCAUUCUCAAGCUGUGGAGUCAGAACUGUGAGGAGAACAGCUUAGUCUCCCUCAAACAGUCUCUGGUGGAGAAGGUGAAUAAGCUGGUAGCAGCUGAGAAGCAGACUGCAGAAGAACUGCUGCUGCAUCUGGAAGGAGCAAUAAGGGACAGUGUAGAGAGGAGAUGCAUCAGCAGGUCGUCGUAUGAGGCGGGGCAGGAGUGGGCUCUCCCUGUCCAGUUCUGCCAUUUGCAUGGUCUUCCUCUGAGUGCUGGCUACUUACGAGACUGUGCCAGCGAUGGCCAAUGGCUUAACUUCCUGCUGUUUGUACAGAUCCACCACUACCCUCCUCAACAGGUCAGAUCACUGGUGACUAGCUUCAGUCCAGCUCUGCAGGCCCACCUCUUCCUGGCCUUUCAGGACCUUCAGCUUGUCCAUUCUCAGCAGGGCCUGGAGGGCCAGCGUGACUCCCUCUGCCCUCUGUCGACGGAGGAAAGCUCUGAGUCACCAAAAGAUCUGUUCCAGGUGCUGUUACAGAGCCAGGAGAAGACCAGCCCCUGGAGGCACCUGCUGGCUGAGGCUGUAGAGCAGCACUGUCCACCACUUACAGUGCUGGCAGCAUGCCACCAGGAUGCUGAGCUCUUGCAGUGCUUAUGUGUGUGGAUUUUGACCUCUGUCGAUGAUGACAUUGCCCAGGAGGCCACCGUCCACAUCAAUGAGAAUCCAGCCCACCACACAUGGAAUCUCCAUGACCUGUCAGUCUUAUGGAAAACUCUCCUUCGCAAGUGCAAGAUCAGGCCUCUGAUUCGUGGCUUCCAGCUGUUCCAGCGGGAGUCUCCACUGAUCCACAUGCUGCAGAUGUUCGAGCUCUGCUACGACUACAAAAACUACGAGGGGGCCAAAGACAAGCUACUGGAAUUCCAGAAAUGUCUGCUCAAUUUGAGGAGCAGUGGUAGUGUGAUGGGUUUGGAGUGUCUCCCGGUGCAGUGGGUGGAGUCUCAGGCCUCAGUGCUGCUCCUCAUUCUCAUGCAACAGUGUGGAACGCAGUACGAGCUGCGCAGACUGCUGCAGCUACUGGCUGACAUGGAGCGUCUGCUCAAGUCUAAUGGUCCUGACUUUAAGAAGCUGAGUCAGUUAAGCCAGAUCCUGGCGGAGACCCCCGUGUGCCUGUCCCCAUGCCUGCUGGAGGACUAUACCCCUGAGAACCUGCAGAGGGAGUGCCAGAGCAUGCUCGAGGAGCUUCAGGAGCUGGGCCUCUUCUCCCAGGCCAGGAGAGUGGCUGAACUGGCAGGGCUGCCCAUCGACCGCCUCAUCGUAAAUGAGCUGUUGCGGGACCUGGAGGUGCAGAAGGGCAAGCGGCAGUGGGAGAGGCAGGACACCCGACUGGCCUUCUGGAGGAGAUGUCAUGAGCAGUUCAGGACUGACUGCAUUGGAGCGGAGGCAGCAUGCCAGUUUUUUCUGUCUCAGGCUGAGGAGCCUCUGCAAAAAGAUACAGAACUUCUUCAUGUACAGGAGCGCUGCCUCCUGCUGGGUCUGGCUGGUCACUGGCUGUCCCAGUGCAGUUCCCAUGCUGCUGUGGAGCGCAUGGCUCAUCUGGAGAAGCAACAGUGGCAGUGUCGUGUCCGCCGGCUGGUCCUGACCACUGCUAUGGAGCAGGAGAGCCUGUUUGCACCGGCUGCUGGGGUGGAGGACUCCUUCAACAGCCUCCUGAAGGAAUACUCCUUCUCUAAAAUGGCUGUUCUGAACAAUCCAGCACAUUUGAGCCUGGAUACACUUCCAUCAUCAGAGGAGAGAUGCUUGCUGGUGGGAGAGGAGUGCAAGGCUCUGACCACUUUGAUCGGCCAGCUGUUGGACGAGGGGAACAUUCAUGAAGCAAGUCGUGUGUGUAGAUAUUUUGGACUGUAUCACAAGGAUUUGCGGCUGGUGUUGCAGUGUGAGGGCUUGGCCUGUGGAGAGCUACAGCCGGGCCUGCAGGAACUCCCCAGCCCUGAUGCAGAGAGCAGGAGCAGCCUCCCCAGCUGCUCUAGCACUGGGAGUCUGUCUUCCUUUGUGGUGGUUUCCUCCCCUGAAGACCAGGUUCUUUCCCAACUCCAGCUGCUAGUAGAGCAGUGUCGUCAUGGGAAAAGCUACUGCAAACAGGUCCUCAGCCUCUACGAACUCUCCAAGGAGCUGCGUUGCUCUUAUGUUGAGAUUUCCUCUGAAGAACCAGAGGCAGUGCUACGGAAAGUGCUGCUAUCCCACCAGCCCGAGCGCUAUAAGAAAGCCCAGGCAUUUAUCAGCGUCCAGGGGUUUAAGCCAGACACUGUAGCCCAGCUCAUUUCCUCCACUGUGCUUGACGGACUACUGGCCUCCUCUCAGGAAGGAGAGACAGCAGAGCGGUGCAUAUAUAGCCCAUCUGAAGGUAGAGAAGCCUUCCUGCAGCUGGCUAAGCUAUGUGGAGAUCCCAACUUGGUGGGCAACAAGUUGUUGGACAGCAUCCCCACAGUCCCUCUGGCUGAGCUGGGCUGCACUGUUGAGUUGCUGAUACUGGCCCAUGACUGCUUCAGUCUGACUUGUAACAUGGAGGGCAUCGUCAAGGUCCUGCAAGCAGCCAGGCAUCUCAGCCACACACACCUGGCCCAUGGGGAGGGAUACGGACUGCUGGUGCGACUUCUAACUGGAAUUGGAAGAUACAAUGAAAUGACAUACGUUUUUGACCUGCUCAACCAGAAUCACCGAUUUGAGAUGCUGCUGAGGAAAAAAGUGGAGUCGAACACCAGGUUAAAGACGGCUCUGCUGGACUACCUUAAGCGCUGUCUGCCAGGGGACAGUGAAAAACACAACAUGGUAGCUCUGUGUUUCAGCAUGCGCAGAGAGAUUGGAGAGAACCAUGAAGGAGCUGCUCGAACACAGCUCAAACUCAUUGAGUCACAGCCAUGGGCCGUCACCCCAGAACUCAAAAGUGGCCUGGAGAAAGUCCUCUUUUUGCUCAAAGAUGCUGCUGAAAGUUACUCUAAGGACUCAUGCAUGCGGCAAGCACUGCGGUGUGUGAAAUUGGCUAAGCUCAUCACCCUGCAGCUUCACUUCCUCAAUCAUGGACAGGACCACCGUGUUGUCAACCUGCGACCAGCAGAACUGCUCAGUGCCGUUGUAGCUCUGCCACGCUGUUACCAGUCGUUUGUAGUAGCAGAGGCGUACGAUUAUAGCCCUGACUGGGCAGAGGUCCUGUAUCAGAAGGUGAUUCUGAGAGGAGAAUUCUCUUACCUGGAAGAGUUUAAGCUUCACAGACAACUUUCAGCUAGUCUGUUUGAGGAAAUCUCCAAAAAACUUUUACUCAACAAGCCCCCAAACAGUGCCAGUCAGAACCUGAAGAAACUCCUUCAGCAUUGUGAAGAUAUCUACACCCGCUACAAACUGGCCUACGAGCACAAUUUUAUUGAUGUGGCCAACAUGCUCCUUCAGGACUCCAAAACAAACAGUUACCUUAAUGACCGAUUAAGCACCUAGCUACUACAUUAACACGCUUCUCCUUAACAGUCCACUUCUUUCACACAGAGUCAAGUGUUAUGAUCCCGUCGUAACUACGGUGCCAAAUCUGAAACUUUCAUACUUUUUUGACUUUGGUAACUCUCUGUGACAGAGUUUCAUGCGCAUCCUUUUCAGUAGCAUUUGAAAUCAUAGCUUUACUUUUUCCAGAUAUGGCUUUUGUGCUUUAAUUGCACUAUUGGUCCAUCUGAUGAAAGGAAGUGCUUUUCCUUUAAGUCUUUAAUGGAGAGAAAUAACUAAGUGUACAUAUUUAAGAGAUUAAAUU